GCUGUCACUGGUCACAUGACCCGGAAAAUGUGGGGCUUAAUUCCUGUGUUGGACUACUGGUCCCAGCUGCUGCGCCUCUGCCCUUCGCAGUGCAAACCUUUCGUCUGCUCCAUCACGACCCCCGACGCUCGGGUGGACUCUCCUCAGCGCACCAUGUCGGACCAAGCUUUUGUGACACUGGCCACAAACGAUAACUAUGCAAAGGGGGCGAUGGUUCUCGGCCAGUCGUUACGAGACCACAACACGACCAGGAAGCUGGUUGUACUCAUAGGACCUCAUGUUGCAGAGCCUUGCAGAGAUGCGUUGAGCUCCAUCUUCGACGAGGUGUGCGUGGUGGACGUGAUGGAUUCCGGUGACUCGGCUCACCUGGCCCUGAUGAAGCGCCCGGACCUGGGAGUGACGUUCACCAAGCUGCACUGCUGGACGCUCACGCAGUACAGCAAGUGCGUGUUCAUGGACGCGGACACGCUGGUGCUGUCUAAUAUAGACGAGCUAUUUGAGAGGGAGGAGCUGUCCGCGGCCCCGGACCCCGGUUGGCCGGACUGUUUCAACUCCGGAGUGUUCGUCUUCAGGCCGUCCAACGAGACGCACGAGAAGCUGCUCACGUUCUGCGGUGAAAACGGCAGCUUUGACGGUGGAGAUCAGGGGGUUCUCAACAGCUUCUUCAACACCUGGGCGACAGCAGACAUUUCCAAACACCUCCCCUUCGUCUACAACCUCAGCAGCAUCGCCAUCUACUCCUACCUGCCAGCGUUCAAACAGUACGGCCACGACGCGAAGGUGGUUCACUUCCUGGGCAAGGUGAAGCCGUGGAACUACUCGUACGACGGCCAGAGAGGCGAGGUCAAAGGUCACUCGCUGUCGCCCGACCCGUGCCAACUGCACCCCGACUACCUGCUCAUGUGGUGGCAGCUGUACGCCAAGUCCGUGCUGCCCCUGCUGCAGAAGGCGUACGGCGACGCCCCCUUCAACAGCGGCUUCGUGGAGGCGAGCGCUGAUGCCAAGCUUCAGGAGGACGCGUCGGAGCAGCCGGCGUCCCAUCCUCCUCCUCCUCCUCCCGCACAGAAGGUUUCGUCGGAGGAGAGGAAGCAGCGCUGGGAGGCGGGCCAGAUCGACUACAUGGGCGACGACUCCUUCGCCAACAUCGAGCGAAAACUCGACUCCUUCCUGAAGUAGCCGCCGCGAGCGAGGGAGGAAGCAAGGAGGCGUGGACGAGCAACCAGAUGAAGCUCUGCGUGAGGGUGUGAUAUAAGCACCACUCAGUCAAUGGCUGAGGCUUGAUGAGCAGAUGACUGAAUCAAUGCAAUCACUCAGUCUCACUUUCUGCAUCCUGUCAAGGUGUAGAGAGUGUAUGUUUGGGGAAAAAAAAAAAAAACGAAACAAAAACACCCUCCCAUGCACUCCACUAUUCUUUUUUUUUUUCUCUCUCUCUCAAAGGAAUUGUUCGACAUGUUCUUGAAGAUUGUCGUGUGUAUGGUUACAUGUGAAGCCGCUUCCAGAUGUCUGUUAACUUAGCUUAGCAUCAAGACUAGAAAUGGCUGCUUUGAUUAAUCCAUACAAAAGUCUGACCCGUGUAAAUGAAAAAUGCUGCGUUUGUGUGUCUCUUCCUUCGUUUCCACGGCAACCGAUGUAGACCAGACACACAAACGCUCAUAAAAAGAGUAUUUUCUCCACUGCUGUUUUUGUAUAGGUUGAACAAAUAAGCUAUAUCUUUGGUAACUGGUGAACUUCAGGUCGCAGCAGGUGCUUUUGUGCUAAACUGAGUUGGCUUUCUGCAUGCGGUAGCUUCACAUACUCUUCACGAGAAACUGAGCAUAGGUACGUCCCAAUAAGUCCAACUAUUCCUUCGAGUCUUCUUGUGCAAUCUGAUGGAGUAGGAUUCAAAGUCCAGAGUCUUCCUACCCUGUGGAAAAUAAAGCCCAGUGUCCGUAUCAGAACCUGGAAGUGACUGUGGGCCAAGCCUGCAGUUCAAGGUGUAUGCAUCUGGACUUUACCACGACUCUUAUCCUCUCUGCUUCAACCACUAUGAUGCCGACGUGCAGCCACCGGCUCACUUCCCCCGCUUUAACACAGACAGCGUCCACCUCAUCUAGAGUGCAAUGAUUAGCCUCCCUGUCUGUGCCUCUGACACUCACCAGCUCCCUGUGACUUUUGUGUGAUGUCCGGUAUUGUGUUACCUCUUUUGUUAGUCGUGUUGCAUGGCACAGAGUCAAACCGUGGGUCGGCGUUUAAAGUGCUUCCGUCCACAUCCUAAAGUGGCAGUUUCGUGUGUAUUUUGUCGUGGGAUUCAAACACUACGGUGCACUCCACAGUCGUCUGUCAUCUUGUUCCAAGUGCCCUGCAUGUAUGUCCCCUGCCAGACCCACAUCAGUGCAUUGGUGCCAUGCUUCGAGUUUUCAUCACUUCCUCUCUGUAGUUUAACCAGCUGCCUUAUUUCCAUCACUGUUUACAGGACCUCACUUACUGAAACCGCUGCUAGUAGCACAGCAGAUUUCAGCUACGAUUUCCUCCUUUUCAUGUUGCCAAUGCCGUCUUUGCUCCACUCCACCUGUGUGUUGCCCUCGCAGACCUGCAGCUCUUAGAAAACACACUGCUAGAGGUUGAAAGAGUAGUCCAUAUGUAGCUUCUGAGGGUGGAUCGUAACUGUAGUAGACGUCUGUUAAUGCACAUCUGUCCUGUUUCUUAGCUGUUAACUGUACAUCCCUUUUGAAGUGCUAAUAAAAAGAAACUACUGAAAAAAACUUAUUUUAUCCA